GGGGGCUUGGAGGCAGAUCAAGCUGUCGCCGUCCCCGUCAUUCCUCAUCCUCCUCCCUCCCUCGUUUCCGUUUUUCUGCUCUCUCUUCCUUUUCUUCCCCUCCCCUCUCACAUUCUUCCCUGGUACCCUCGUGUCCUUUCUUUCGCGACCCAUGCUUUCGACAUUCCUAUGGCAGCGUGUCCUUCGGAAAGCUCUUGUGAUCUCUCGCGCCCACUCUCCGGUACACCAUGACUGCAUGAGAAAGCAGGAGCACUCUCCCCCACCGAGCCCCCCCGCCCCCGUCGGAGGCCAGGGGCCAUGGUGAGCGCGGCCCCUCGCGGCUCCCCGGCCACCGCCGCGCUGCUGCAGGCGACGGCCGGCGCUGGCAGCGCGGUGGCCGUGGCGUUCGCGCUGCACCCGCUGGAGCUCACGAAGACCAGGAUUCAGACCGGGCAGGUGAAAGGUCCUCUCGCAUGCUGGGGCCCCGAGAAGACAUACAGUUCGUCACACGCAGGCGCUGCCCUCGGGCCGACAGCUGCCCACAGUCAUACCCGUGAGCGCAACUGGGCGGUGCCACAUGGCGUCCUAUGAGUAUUUCGGUCUGGAGGAAGAAGCGGCGAAGGCGCCGGUCAGUUUAUGUGUGUUCCCCCCCCUCCUGUGUCGGGUGCCCAUUUUGAAUCCGCAGCACCGCGCGCCUCCGGGUCCACCAGCGGGUUGUUCCACGACAUGUAGCGAAAAGGCGAGCUGGAGGAACAUCUCCGGAUACACCAGCUAGUUGUUUUACCUUGAUGUUGUCGUCGUUUUCGUUCACGACCCACCCCGCGAC